AUGUCCUGGGCAGUGUCUAAAUGGCUUCAGGUUUACCUGAAGUGCUACGUUAACGUGAUUCUAUACUAUCGGAAUGUGUACCCUAAAGAAGCCUUCGACUGGACAUCUUUUCAGGCUUUUAAUCUGCCCCGACACGUCCCGAUGAAUCGUCAUCCCGGACUUCAAGGCUACAUUGAGACUAUGGUGGUCGAUAUUAUCUCAAAGUUACAAGCGGUCCGGCAUUUUAAUGUUCGAAUAAUCCAGCAAGACGAUGGUGCAUGCAUCGAACGCUAUGCUUUAGACUUCGGUGAACUGCGACACGACCAAGUCAGUGAUGUUAAAGAGACAGACGUUUUCGACGAGCUUCGAUCUAGCUUGAACAGUUUGAUUUCACGGCUAGAAAAACUACCGCAGAUCAAACCCAAUACGGUAGCUUUCGACAUUGUUAUAGAUUCGGUGGGGUUGAACCUUGGUAGAAAAAUGAACCGGGUCCAAAAUUUGAAAGAGCGUUUAGCACAGGAGCAGGAUUCUAACUGGGUGAAAUGUGCAGAAGAACCAUUUAUAUCAAGUAGUCAGGAACGCAGCCCGCGGAUCAAGAUGAUUACUCUUACUGGCUGUGACGCAGGGCCCUUGGUGAUCUAUCAAUUUAUGGAAGUUCUUAUCGACGCAGAGGCCAGUUUUCGAAUUUACGAGACAUCGAGUUCAUAUCGAAGCUCUGAGGCAGAGCCACUCUUUCCAUGA